GUCGGCGUAGCGUCACUCGGAACCGAAACAGGUAGCUCACAGCGCUACCAUCGGCUGCCCACGCCGCGAAUCCAAUAAUGGCGGCCGUUGGUUGGUUGCAUUUAGAGCCGUGGUGCCUCGGCUCCGAGAGUACGGGGUUGGCCUCACUAGACCUGGAGAAAGCUGGUGUUCCUUCACGAUUGCGGCCCGGUCUACGUCGGAUGACUUCAUUCAAUUGGCAGCUUUUCCCGGUCCCAGAACUGUCUCGUGCCGUAUCUUUAAAUAAAACAUCCAUCUCAACCUCAAUCGAACUCAUCUUUGACGUCUUCAAAUACCACCGUCUCUUCUUGAGUCCUUUUGUCUUCCCAAUCGCCACUCCACCAACUCACAAUGUUCCGACCAAUUCUCAGGACAUGCACCAGAAGCUCGCGGGCCAUGGCUCCCAUGAGGGCAUGCGCUACGCGGAGCUUCGCCUCUGCAAAGGGCCCGGCCUUCAACUGGGAGGAUCCCCUCAACACCCAGAACCUCUUGACUGAGGAGGAGAUUGCCAUUGGCGAGACGGCAGAGCGAUAUUGCCAAGAGCAAUUGCAGCCCCGCGUGCUACAGGCCUAUCGCGACGAGAACUAUGACCCCAAGAUCCUCGAGGAAAUGGGCGAGCUGGGCCUUUUGGGCGCCAGCAUCCAGGGCUAUGGCUGCGCCGGCGUCUCGUCCGUUGCCGGAGGCCUGAUCACGAGAGCUGUGGAGCGUGUCGACAGCGGUUACCGUUCCGGCAUGUCGGUCCAAUCCUCCCUGGUUAUGGGUGGCAUCGCCGAGCACGGCACCGAGGAGCAGAAGGAGAGGUUUUUGCCUGAGAUGGCCAAGGGAAAGCUCCUGGGUGCCUUUGGCUUGACCGAGCCUAACCACGGCAGUGACCCGGGCAGCAUGGAGACGGUGGCCAGGCCACAUCCGACGAAGAAGGGAUACUUCCUGCUGAGCGGUGCUAAGACCUGGAUCACCAACAGCCCUAUUGCCGACGUGUUGAUGGUUUGGGCCAAGCUUCAGGAGACGGGCAAGAUCCGAGGCUUCCUGGUGGAGCGCAAGGACUGCCCCCCAGGAACCCUGGAGACGCCAGCUAUCAAGGACAAGAACGGCCUGCGAGCCUCCAUCACCGGUAUGAUCCAGCUCGACGACUGCCCCGUGCCUGUAGAGAACAUGUUUCCCGAUGUUGAGGGCUUGACCGGCCCCUUCAGCUGCCUCAACAACGCCCGGUACGGCAUCGCCCUCGGCGUGAUGGGUGCUCUGGAGGACUGCAUUGCGCGUGCGAGGACCUACUCCCUCGAGCGAAAGCAGUUCAAGGGCAACCCUCUGGCCAAGUACCAGCUCAUCCAGAAGAAGCUCGCCGACGCCGCCACGGAUGCCGCGUAUGGCACCCUGGCCGCCAUCCAGGUCGGCCGCCUCAAGGACGAGGGCAAGGUGACGCCCGAGAUGAUCAGCAUGAUCAAGCGCCAGAACUGCGACACCGCGUUGAAGAACGCCCGAGUGCUCCAGGAGAUUUUCGGAGGAAACGCCGUGAGCGACGAGUACGCCAUCGGCCGUCACGUGAGCAACCUCUUCGUGACGCAGACAUAUGAGGGACAGAGCGAUAUUCACAGUUUGAUUUUGGGACGGGCCAUUACCGGGGUCCAGGCAGACCCCCCGUCCUCGUGCUCUGCCGGCCCCGUCGGCGAGGAUCUGUUCCACUGGCAAGCCACGAUCAUGGGACCCAGCGAUUCCCCCUACUCUGGCGGCGUUUUCUUCCUUGCGAUCCACUUCCCUACCGACUACCCUUUCAAGCCCCCGAAGGUCAACUUCACUACCCGCAUCUAUCACCCCAACAUCAAUUCCAACGGCAGCAUCUGCCUCGAUAUUCUGCGUGACCAAUGGAGCCCUGCUCUGACCAUUUCCAAAGUCCUCCUGUCCAUCUGCUCGAUGCUGACGGAUCCCAACCCUGAUGACCCGCUUGUGCCCGAGAUCGCCCACGUGUACAAGACCGACCGACCCCGAUACGAGGCUACGGCGCGGGAGUGGACCCGAAAGUAUGCCAUUUAGCGUUCGCAAUGAGACCGGCGGCGGUUAGACCCUGGCAUGGAUUGCCCUCCCGUUCAUGAAGGCGACGUGGAAACUGAUUAAAUUAAUGCUUCGCAUGCGGUUGCGAAAUGCCCUUGGGUCAUGAGUGGUAUUAUUGGCGUUGUUACCGAAUCAUCGCUGGAACUUAUGGCUGUCGUGGCAGGCAGCGACGAUGAGGAGUAGCUUACGGCGAUUGAGGGAGGAAGGACAAACCAGACAGUCAGAUCAGCUACUAAGGGAUUUCAUGCGGCUGGGCUUUGGGUUUGCAUUGACGAGUGUUUUUGACAUCCAGAAACAGGCAGCGUAUACAAUUUGUCUCUAGCCAUAAAGGGUGCAACAUUAACGAAGUUCCGAUU